UACAGCCCGGGAACCAAGACUCUUUCUGGCACGGGGGAGGAUGGUUCUCCACCCCCCACCCCCCAUGUCUCUGGUGAAGUCCAUCGAGUUAGCGCUGCCCAAGGACGCAGUCUACCUGGCCGGCUCCAGCAUAGACGGACAGGUGAUUCUAACGCUGUACAGCACCCUGGUGGAUCCCAUAGUAAAAGUGGAGCUUGUAGGAAGGGGUUACGUCGAGUGGAAUGAAGAGACUGGGCAGACCCGCGAUUACAGCAGAGAUGUUAUUUGUAACAACAAAGCAGACUACGUCCAUAAGACAAAGACAUUCCCAGUGGAGGAUAAUUGGUUAGGCGCAGGCAGCCACACCUUUGACUUCCAUUUCAGCUUACCUCCCAGGCUGCCGUCCACCUUUGCCAGCAAAACAGGGCACAUCUUCUAUUUUAUCCAAGCCUCCUGCAUGGGCCGGGAGCACAUCCUUGCGAGGAAAAGGGUGUAUUUGUUGGUUCAAGGGACUUCAGAUUUCCACCAGGAAAACGCGCUGCAGAAGCCUCUGCUGGUGCGGGUCGAGAAGAGGGUCUCCUACAACUGCUGCAGCAGGGGCACCGUGGGCCUGGCGGUGCACAUGGACAAGAACACCUUCACGCCGGGGGAGAAGGUGGCGUUCACCACGGAGAUCCACAACCAGACCGGCAAGUGCAUCCGGUCGGUGGUCUCGGCGCUCCACGCGCAUGUGCAGUACGAGGCCUUCACGCCCAGCGCCGAGCGCCGCUGCCGCACGGACAGCAGCCAGCUGCUGCGACAGGAGGCCAGCGCGCACAUCGCCGCCUUCACCACCACCAACGUCGUCAGCGCCUUCAGCCUCCCGCUGCUGCUGGCCGUGAGUGGCAGCGUCCCGCAGCAGGAGCUCAUGCACACGCGCUACGAGCUGGUGGUCACCGUGCCGCUGCCCUGGUCGCUGACCAGCGUCAAGGCCAGGGUGCCCAUCGUCGUCACCCGCAGCCCCGCGGACUCGGCCGGGAGUGUGAGCCCGAGCCGGGACCUCGGGGAGUAAGCGGACAGACUCCGGGACAGUAAAUUAAAU